AUGGGAAUUUUCGAUUCCCGGCCCAUUUCAUUGUUUUCUUUGCUGCUCUUGGUUGACGGUCCGACGAAACGACUCUGUCCUGAACUGAAGCCAAGUCCAAGUCGUGGCACGAUGAAGCGAGAUUUGUUGAUGUCUUUUGCGUUGGUGGCGAUUCUUUUGGUUUCCGGCGUCAAUUCGCAGGAUGCAACAGCAGAGCCUGGAGGAGGUGGUGGCCAAGAGACUACAACUCCUCAUCAGCCUUUAGAGCCAGGUCGCAACACUGAAGAGCAACCCGCACCUGCUACCGGGGAACCUUCAGACCCCCCGGCUCCUUCCGAGCAGCCUGCAGCCCCAUCUGAGGCUCCCGAAUCCUCUACACUUCCUCAAGAAUCAGAGUCUGCUCCUCCAGUAUCUUCUGAUGAGCCUCCAGUCCCUUCGAAUGGAUCUGCCAUCGACUUCCCUGCCGAUAUCUUCGAAGCCCAAGUCAUCAAGCUUGAAGUCCCGGUUUCCAGUGUCGCCGUGGGUCUGGACACUCAAGGAAUCGCUGAUGAUUUGAAUAAAGGACUGAGAGUGAGCCAGCUCGGACAGUAGUCAAAAAAUUUUUUGGUUGUUUUGGAUUUUUAUUUUUAAUUUUUUUAGAAGAGUCAGAUGAGCACGCAGAAGAUCUUGGAUACGAUUCAUAAGAAGAUGAGAGAGAACGGGCCACGCGCUAGAUUGUUGUCCGAUAGACCCCUUAAGGUAAGGAAGCAUCGAAGCGUUUCCAUUUUUGUAAUUUUGAGAUUACACUGUGCAGAAAAUUUUUUAUUAAAAAUGGGAUUUUCCGCACGACAGAAGAGUUUAUGAAAAUUUUUUGCACAGUGCGAGACAUUUUUUAUCUUAUUUUUUGAUUUGCACAGUGCAAAAGAUUUUUUUGACAUUUGCACGGUGCAAUGGCAAGCAUUUUUAUUUUUGCACUGUUCAUUGACAAAAAUUUAUUUUCGCACCGUGCAGUUACAAAAAUUUUUAUUUUUGCAUUGUGCAGUGAAAAAAAUUUAUUUUUUGCACAGUGCAAAAAUAAAAUUUUAUUUUUGCACUCUCCAGUUAUUUCGCUGGGAUUAAAUUUGCCCUACAGGUCUAUUUAUGGUCAUAUUUUCGCCUUACACUGUGCCAUCUACUUUUUCCAAACACUGCACUGUGCAUACACCAAUCUUUUUCUUGGCACAGUGCAAUUUUUCCACUUUAUUUUCUGCACAGUGCAAUCUGCUAAUCUAAUUGUUUUGACUGUAAAUAAUGAAUACGGCGUUUCAGAAAUUCCGCCGCUCCAGUUCUGAGCUCUUGGACGCAUAUGACAAGAACGGCAUCAGCUACCUUUUGCUCACUAUCUCCGACACCCCCUGA